GGCACCAUUUCCUUGACGGCAUGUGUGAUAUACAUAUUCCUCACGUUAAGCGUCGGAGCCUUGUCUGUUUUCGCUGCAUCACUCGCACUUCUCACAGUGCUCGACAUACCGCUUGUGUGGUGCAACGUGUUCAUAGGGAUGUCGGGGACGCUGUACACAGCACUGGGUGGACUUCGUGGUGUUGUUUGGGCGGACUGUCUGCAGUUCUUCCUUAUUCUGGUUGCCCCUGUAACUGUGGUCGCGAAAAUUGCAACAGAUUCUUGGUCGACAAACUCGUCGAUAGAGCCAUUGAACCAUCUAGACAUCGAAAAAUACAUUGCAAAUUACAGUUUUGGGUUCACACAUGGUGAAACAGUCUGGUCUUGCUUACUGGGCUCUACGGCAAUGUCGAUAUACCGUAUAUGCCUGGACCAAAUGGUGGCGCAAAGGCUGCUAGCUUCUCGAACACUCAAGGAAGCUCAAAGGACAAUCUGUACUGGCGCUCUGCUCAUCAAUGUGUUCUAUGUUGCCGCUUUAUUGCUUGGAGUGGCGAUGACAAUAUGGUUUCGUGGAUGUGACCCCAGCCUUUCCGGAGCGAUUUCAAGUACCGACCAGAUCAUGCCAUACUACGUCAAAACAUACCUCAUCCAUGUGCCUGGGUUUUCGGGUCUCUUUCUCAGCGGAGUCGUAAGCGCUGCAACCAGCACAGUGUCUUCUAUAAUAAAUUCUCAAGCGGCUAUUCUCUACGUAGAUGUGAUUGUUCAUCGAUGCCAGAACGCUGAAAAAUAUGUGCGAUGGAUAACUCGUGGCACAGCACUCGCACUUGGGAUCUCAAUGACAGUGUACAGCAUGUUCUGUGCACAGAUGGGCUCUUUGUCGAGGUCCCUCCUCCUGGUCUACAAUAGCCUGACUGCGCCUUUUGUCGGUUUGUGCUUAAUAGGUGUCUUGUUCCCUUUCGUCCGUGCAAAGGGUGCUGGCGUGGCGACGUUUACUGCAGUUGCGUUUCAACUGUUCCACAUCGCAACAAUAAUCAAGAGUGGAAGGAAGCUUCCCAGAAUGGACACGUCCCUGGACUACUGCCCCCACAACCACAGUGCCAUUUCUUGGACCUUGAACACGAGCAUACCUAUUCCACCGGCAGAGCCAGACGACUCGUUCCUCCUGUCCCGCAUGUCCUAUCUCUGGGGCAGCUUCUUCGCUAUAUUCGCGACCAUUUUGCUGGGAGUAAUCGUGAGUGCUGCCACAGACAAGUCGACAUGA